AUGAGUCAGAACAAGACAUGCUGGCAAUGUCAAGCAACCAAUAAACCAACUGCGCUAUUUUGUGAAAAUAAAGUAUGUAAUGUCAUUCAACCCAUUCCACCCGAGUUGAACUUUUUUCACUUGUUUGAAGCUGGAAAUGGAGAUACCAAACAGGAGCCCACGUUUGAUAUAGACUUGAAGGCACUUAGGAGAAGAUUUUUAUUACUUCAACAAAAGGCACAUCCAGAUAGUUAUUCAAACUCACACAAGCGUGAACACGAGUAUGCACAGCUGCAGUCAUCCGUGAUUAAUAAAGCGUACAACACAUUAAAGAACCCUUUGACGAGGGCCAAAUACAUACUCCAACAACAGGGUCAAAAGAUAGAGGAACAUGAUUCAUUAGAGAAUCCAGAGUUAUUGAUGGAAGUAAUGGAGUUGCGUGAAGAGUUGGAAGAGGCAUCAAGUAAAGAAGAAUUAGAAGCAAUUAAACAAAAGAACGAUGAAAAAUACAAGGAAACUGUACAAAAAUUGAAGGAAGCAUUUGAUAAAAAAGAUUACAUGCAUGCAAAAGAAUUAACUAUUGAGUUACAAUAUUGGUCAAGCAUUCAAACAGCAAUUCAUGAUAAAUAA